CUGCAUCAAAUCUGGCAACCAGGACCAGAUCAGCUGAGUUCCUGAAUCAGUCGCCCCAGCUAGCUGCCGCUGCUCCAACUGAUCUCUCGUUGGCCCGGGCGUACAUAUUUUCAUUGCAAGCAUCGAGUUUCUUCAGUAGGUGAGCGUCUCGGUGCACGGCCAGAGCAGAAGCCGUCUGCUGUCCGCUCCAACCCUCUCAGCAUGGAGUCGUCCAAGUCUCCGCGGAGCUCCAAGCAUCACCACUCUCGGUCCAGAUCGCGAUCCAAGGACCGAAAACGUGACCGAAAGCACAGACGAAGUCGCAGCAGGAGCAAAGAGGCACGCAAGAGAGACUGUGAGAAGCCGACCAAGUCUCACAAGAAGCAGCAGGACGAGCAGGAGCAGAGCGAGCGGGGGAAGGACCGGCUCUCCGCCGAGAAUGGCGAGGAGCGACACCGCCGCAAGGGAGACAGGAAGCCGUCCAGGGGGCGGAGCCACUCCAGGGGGAGGAGCCACUCCAGAGGGCGGAGCCACUCUAGGUCACACUCACGGGAAAGGCGGCACCGCAGCAAAAGUCGAGACAAGAAGAAGUCUCGCUCACGGAGUCGAGACAGGAAGCGAAAGGCCAGGUCGGGGUCCCGGUCGAAGCACCGCCACCGGAGCCGGAGCCGCAGCAAGAGCAGGGAGCGGAAGAAGAAGAGCGAGAAAGUGCGCAGAAAGAGCCGGAGCAGGUCUGUAAGUCCGCCUGCCUUCCGGGGCAGAAACACAGCCAUGGACGCCCAGGAAGCCUUGGCCAGAAGGUACAACAACAACUUGGAGGAAUUACUGGAACGGGCCAAGAAGUUACAGGAACAAAAGGAAAAAGAGAUUCUGGAGAAACAACAGCAGCAGCAGCAGGAAGUGCCGAAAGCGCCCACACCGUUGCUAUGCAAGGCCGUAACGGCAGCGGCGCCCAUGGCAACCCACACAGUGCUCAACGUAGCGGCCCUUCUGGCCUCUGGCACCCAGGUCACACCCCAGAUAGCAAUGGCGGCCCAGAUGGCCGCCCUCCAGGCCAGAACACUGGCGGAGACGGGCAUCGCCGUGCCCAGCUACUACAACCCCUCCGCCGUGAACCCCAUGAAGUUUGCCGAGCAAGAGAAGAAGCGGAAAAAACUGUGGCAAGGAAAGAAGGAAGGGGACAAAUCCCAGACCGCUGAGUUGUGGGAGAAGCUCAACUUUGGCAACAAGGACCAAAACGUCAAAUUUCGGAAGUUGAUGGGCAUCAAAGACGAGGAAGAAGGCGAAACCUCCAAACCACUCAACGCAGAGGGUCUAAAGACGCUUCAGCAGCAAGAAGAGAUGUUUAGAAACCUGGACGUUCAGUACGAAAUGGCUCGCUCACAGACCCACACCCAGCGGGGCAUGGGCCUGGGAUUCACCACCUCCUUCCGUGGAAUGGACACCAUUUAGUGCAGGGCCUUCCCCACCCCCCCCCCCCCCGCCGUCCCAGUGUCUCUGAUCAUACACCGUCUGUCAUCUAGCUGCCAGCUAGGUCUCGUAUCUAGUGUGCAAGCUUGCAUGGAUGUCUCUUCUGGUUGUCAUUUAGAAGCACCGAUAUCACCUCCUGGGACACGAUGUAAAUAGACAGUGUGUGUCACUGUCACUCUGUAUAAUGCCAGUUAUGCUUGGUUGUUUUUUUGGGGGGGGGGGGGGGCGGGGCUGGGUUAUUUUUUUUAACUUAAAAUAUAUGCAAUGUGAUUGUUUGAAUUGGAAUAUGGUUUAGGUCCGGUUGGUAGAGUUUCGAUUCCAUUCAGUUACCCAAAACAUGUGCAUCCCUUUAGGAAACGAGGGCUGAGCGGAAUAUUUUUGCUGCGUUUCUUCAUGAUGGAUGUAUAAGAACAAAAAACUGAAGUUGUGUUUAGUUUGUCAAAUAAGAGACUGGAACCAUUAUGUAAUACUUUCUGAUCUUCAAAUAAAUCCUUUGUGUUCACAGGGGUAUUUUCAUUUGUUGAACUGAGGUAAUGAUGCAUCACACAGCAGGAAUUCUGUUAGAAUUGAUUUAUAUUUAAGUUUUUUGCAAUUUGCAGAGCAUGUAUAUGGGACCGCCAGAACAGUCUAUAAUUUAAAUCCAUAAAGGGACCAGACACUUUAUAUCUAAAAAGUCACUCAUAAACCAAUAUAUUUUCAUUCUUGGUGCUGAAAUGACUAAACCAUCGAUUAGUAAAGAUGCUUAUAAGUUAAAAGACUCAGACACAAACAUGAGUUUAUACAGUCAUGAACCUUUUAAUAAACCCAGCAUUACUUCCUGUUCCAACAGUUCAGUCCUUCAUCUACAUAUAAGGCUGGAGUAAAGCACGUGCGCUGCACCGGUUAUGAGGUUGUGGUUUGCGAACUCAAGGAUGAGGAGCAGGAUGGGAUACUCGCUGUGCCUCUUCGCCUGGUGGGCCUCGUCGCUCAGACCCAUCCAGUGGAGCAUCAGCGUCUGCAUGGCCUCUGGGAAGAGCUCUGUGGCCAGCUGAUCUGCAGGCGGCAGGUCGGUGAUGCGCUCGAUAUGCUCCACUUUAAAGCUCUCCACCUUUUGGCUGAUGCAGCUGUUGGCCCCGUGAAACCGCUGGCCGAGCCAGCACGCUACAGAGUUAAGUAAAUGGCUGGAAUACACAGAACCCCCACACACUGUUCCUAGCAGCGUUAGCACAGCCUGUGUUAGAUGUUUUUCCUCCAGGUUCCCAUCUAAACACCCGUCAAUGCUGUCCAGGAGUAACAAAGCAGUCUUGAACUUCUGAGUGCAGUCGGCAUUGUCUUC